AUGCAAACCGAAGUCAUCGUAUCCAGAACACAGUCCACACACACUCUAUCUCUUACUGCUAGCUCCCACCAGGACGACGCCAGAAAGAGAAGAAUGACAAUGUCUACCGCAAAACUCGAAUAUUCAAAACCGCCUGCCGCCAUAAAAAAGGAGCAGACAACACCCAAAUCAUCCAUCAGACUACCAACUCGUAAAGACUCUCUCAAACACGCCUCCAUUCCCUCUCUUUCCCCUACCAUUCCCAACACAACCAACACAGCCAACACAACCAAUGCACCAGCUGCAGUCAUAAAGGGAAAAGAGAAUGGAAAGAUCGCCAGUCCAUCAAUGAUAUCUAGGCGCCAGUCUGUUACCAGAGCAACUACACUUGGUCUUGCCAAAGCCGCUCCUUUGUCCAACACCCCCAAUAAAAACCCAGCCAACGUGGGCACGCGCGGACCGGAAUCGCAAGAACCCACAAACGGAAAAGCCUUCAGGGGAACCAACAUAAACAUUUUGACAAGACGAAGAAAUAGCGCCAUGGCAACAGUAAACCAAAAAACAAUGCAACCAGCAGCAACACCAGCAGCAAUCAGCUCUCUGGCAAACGAAGUCCCCUCACCAACCUCACCAGUAGCAAAGUCAUCAAAACAGAAGAAACUCGAAUUAAUCAAUCGCCAAGUCCGUCGGUUCUCGAUGCCUGCAGUCCCCAAUGAUACACCUAAUAUUCCAGUCCAACCACACCAGCGUGGCCCAUGGUCUCCAUUCGGAAUGAAUAGACCCUCACUUACACCUGUAUCUCAAACAUCAGUUCAGAAAAUGAACGAAAGAUUGCCUUCUCCUGUUGAGGUCAAGGACAGAAGCCUUGCAUUGACCCAGAAAAAAUCGCAACAACUAAAAGCGUCAUUACUCAGCCAGGAGCCGAUGAACGUCAUUCAUGAGAUCCCGCCUGCCAGUGACACAUCUUCAGUCCACAGUGAUAUGCAAGAAGACGAACUCGACAUCCUUGGCACUGAGAUGGCCAUGGAAUCUAGCAUUUCGAUUUACACUUCAUCUUUAUCCGGCGAGAGCUCGACUAAUCUAAGUCGUCGUACAGAGAGUCCUGUCUCUGAUGCCGGUGCUGUGGCUCGGGUGGAAUCUACUUUAGACAAUGUAGCUGUGCCCACUUCGCCCAUUUCACCCAUUUUACCCAUUUCACCUACCUCACCUACUUCGCCUGCGGUUCAAGCUGAAUCUACAGAUACCCCUGACCCUCUUUUCAAUCGCAUUGCACGAACUGACUUGAAACCAUCUGUACCUAGCCAACCUAAUGUUCAGACUCUUCGUCACCGACGAUCUGUCCCGGAUGCGUUCCACAACAAUUCUGGUGAGACAGAAACCUCGCGAGAAUCACGUACUCCGUCACGCAAGGGCAGCCAAUCUAGCUUGCGCGGGAGCAAUUGCACCCAACACCCGACAUGGUUAUCCAAUGCUGGGUUUAUGCGCAAAACCAAGUGUGUGGCCUGCAGUUCUCACACAGCCAAAAACAUCAGUGCAGAUAUUGCACAGGGAGUUUCUAGUGAAGGUUCAAGUGGCCGUUGCCGAACACUGUCAAGGUCUAGCUCGAUGUUGUUUGAUCGCAAAAGUAGUGCUGGUUCCCUGGUCCUUCCCCCCCAGACUGCCCCGACCGUAAACGGAAAAGACGUCUCCCUGGGCAGGCUCGAGCACUCGACCGGUAGCUCACUCAGGUGCCUUUCUUUGCUGAAUGAAUCUAAUCAAUCCAAGUCUGACGAUCACUCGAUUAAUGUGAAUCUCGACCCCAGUCUGUCCUCGAUUAGUGACGAGAUUGUGUACGACUAUGAGCCAGACUCUCCCGUAGGUGCAACAGCCCACACUGUGUCCUCUGCCGCAAGCCAGAAAUCUUCCCGUACUGCAGAUGACCAUGAGAGUUCACCCGAAUGCCCCAGCUCUUCCAUCCCGACUCAAUCAGUUUUUCUUCAUCACUUGACUCAAAAGCAUACUUAUCUUCAUGCCAAUCUUGCCUUCUUACCCCUGGCUGCCUCAGCAGCCGUGGCAGCAGCCGAAGCAGCAUCAUCAAUUUAUCCUCAGGAUCCUCAAGCCACCACAAGUGAUGCUCAAGUCAGUACAACCGUAGUCAAUGCAGAUGGUACCAUUUCGUCCGACAGCCGUAUCACUACCGCCAUCGCAACAGCAGCAGCAGCAGCAGCAGCUUAUGUUGUGAACACAACCACACGUGGACAUGCCGAGACAGAGAUCGAGGGAGAUCACAAGGAGAUCUUUAUGGAUAUGCUUUCUAAUUGCAUUGAGCGUUCCGAUAAACUUGACAAGCUUAAGCGCGAUCUGCAGGAGUCUGAACAGCGCAUGAACGAAAUGGUUAUAAACCACCAGGUAUCCAAGAAGCCUUCCGCUAAGCAAGACCAGCAAUUUUCCCAGCAGAUCCUGGAGUACAAGAACAUUGUCAAGACACAGCGUCAGAUGAUGGAUGAAAUGGAGGGUUUAUUAGCUAGUUUUGGUGUCCACACAAAGCGGCCUCAGCUUUCAGUAUCAACAAGUUCACAAUCAAGCGCUGGUUCAGUAUCUACCCCAUCACAGGCCAGUUGGAGCAAUAUGUGGAACGGUACCAAGGAAGAAGGCAUUACUAAAAUGCGUUGGAACGUAAGCCAGCUCGUCGGUGGAGGAGUCGGUACAGGACGUUUGGUCGAGAAGAAGACCGACACUGAUGGCUCGUGCGUUAUGGUAAUUGCUGGCUCAGGUGUCACCACCGAAUCACGUCUGCUCCCAAAGCGUCUUGUCUCUGAUACUCAAGACGAUGCUGUACACCACCACAAAUACGUCUUGCAAUUGAAUGAAGAUGACCGACGUAAUAAGUUCGUACUUAAGUCUACCAAAGAAUGGACCCAGGAUAAAGAAGUCAAGCGUUGCGAGUUCGUGCUGAGUCCUGGCAGCGAGUCUGAAGAAGCAUCAACAUGUUCCGUUAAGUUUGGGUUCCUCCAGCGUCGUCAUCAUUGCCGCAGUUCAAACCGACUACCACUGUUCGAAACCACAGACGAGCAACCAGAAUGGGGCCGUGUAUGCGAUACAUGUUUCCAUGAUCUUGCUGGCCCACAUCUCCGCAAAUUCAACACUGCAUCCUAA